CACAAUUACGUCACCUGUCGCAUACGAAACAAACCGUCGUGUGGUCAGUUAACCGUGUGCACGCACGCAAAAAAGGUCGUGUUUAGACCUCUUUGUAGUCGUUUGCUGCUUUCAGUUACUACGGCGUACAAAUUUGCCACUUAACGGAAUUUUAGUCUGGGUUAUCGUAGCGUAUUUUAGUUUGUUUUUGGUUCGGAGAAGAUCGAGAGUCCAAACAUGGCGCAACAGAGAGGAGUCAACAGUCUGCAGUUUAACCAAGACCACAGACAAGCCCACAGGAAAAGACAAAGUAACGUAAGCAGGUUGCUUCUGUUGCUCCAUGGAGUCGGGUGUGAGGAUCUACAACAUCGAGCCUCUAAUGGAGAAAGGCCACCUGGAUCAUGAGCAGGUGGGCAGCGUGGCGUUGUGCUCGAUGCUGCAUCGCUCCAACCUGCUGGCGGUAGUCGGGGGUGGAGUCAAUCCCAAAUUCUCAGACAUAUCUGUGUUGAUCUGGGACGAUGCGCGGGAGUCUCGGGAUGCUAAAGACAAAUUGGUGCUGGAGUUCACUUUCACGAAACCAGUGCUGGCCGUCCGCAUGCGACACGACAAGAUCGUCAUGGUGUUGAAGAACCGGAUCUACGUGUACAGCUUUCCCGACAAGCCGAUCAAGCUGUUUGAGUUUGACACGCGCGACAACCCCAAAGGUCUGUGCGACUUGUGUCCUGGCCUAGAGAAGCAGCUGCUUGUCUUCCCGGGACACAAAUGCGGAAGUCUGCAGCUGGUGGAUCUGUCCAACACCAAACCUGGAACGUCAGCUGCUCCCUUCACCAUCAACGCGCAUCAGAGCGAGAUCGCCUGCGUGGCGCUCAACCAGCCGGGCAGCGUGGCCGCCUCCGCAUCUCGCAAGGGGACACUCAUCCGGCUCUUUGACACCAGCAGCCGCGACAAACUGGUGGAGCUACGGCGAGGCACCGACCCCGCCACUCUCUACUGCAUCAACUUCAGUCACGAUUCGUCGUUCUUGUGCGCAUCCAGCGACAAAGGGACGGUCCACAUCUUUGCGCUGAAAGACACCAAACUCAACCGCCGCUCCGCGUUGGCACGCGUUGGUAAGGUCGGCCCUGUGAUUGGUCAGUAUGUGGACAGUCAGUGGUCGUUGGCCAGCUUCACCGUCCCGGCCGAGUGCGCGUGCAUCUGCGCCUUCGGGAAGAACACAUCCAAGAACGUAAACUCCGUCAUCGCCAUCUGUGUGGACGGGACAUUUCACAAGUACGUGUUCACGCCCGACGGAAACUGCAACCGAGAAGCCUUUGACGUCUACCUGGACAUUUGCGACGAUGACAACUGUUGAAGGCAAGCCAAGAUAUGGUCACAAGCGGACUGAGGGUGAAACAUACAAGAUACGAUUUUGUCGUUGUCCUUUUCUAUUAGCAUAGCUUAGCUUGUCGUGUUCAAGUCAACUGCUUGACAUUUUGGUCACAGCGGCCCCUGUUUAGUUGUUGAUCAAGGGGGAAACAAAUGCACAAAGUUAUGUGACAAAUUAAAAAAAGUUUUAAUCUAAGGUUAAGCCCAGCUCCCAAAAUGUACCUUUUUAAUCGAAAAGAUAUUAUACACAUUGUGACAAGACUUAAUCAGAUCAGAUUGGCCCGAUCGGUGUCGGCCGAUUACGAUUAUGAUGAUUGGCUUUAAUGUCAUAAAACAUCGCAUCAGCUCCGCUAAAGACAUUUACUUUGCGUAGCUAAUGUGUACAUAUUUAUGUAUGUGAUAUUUGAAUCCAAAAGCUGGUUUAUUUUUUGCCUUUUUGCGUGUCUUUGGACUUAGUACUGUAAAUAUCUCACAUGGAAUUAGAUUAUUUACAUUUUUUAAAAAGUCAUCAGUUUGUGACAGACGAAACAAAAUGCUCGGAUCAGACUACAGAGCAAAUUUUCUCUUUCACCAUUGUGCUAUAUCAGAAUACUGCAAUAAAGCCUUUUAUUUGAUACAACCACA